UUCCAGACAGAAGUUAACUUUAUGGGACAGUUGCAUCAUAAACACCUUGUUAAGCUGAUUGGAUAUUGUAUUGAGGAUGAUCAAAGGUUACUUGUAUAUGAAUUCAUGGCACGGGGAAGUCUUGAAAAUCAUCUUUUCAGAAGGGCUCUUCCCCUACCUUGGUCCAACAGGAUGAAGAUUCCUCUAGGUGUCGCGAAAGGACUAGCCUUCCUCCAUGGAGGUCCCAAACCUGUAAUUUACAGGGAUUUUAAGACAUCGAAUGUUCUUCUUGAUGUGGAGUACAACGCAAAACUAUCUGAUUUCGGUUUAGCAAAAGCUGGUCCUCACGGUGAUAAAACUCAUGUAUCUACUCGGGUUGUUGGCACCUAUGGUUAUGCUGCACCAGAGUAUGUAAUGACAGGUAUCAGGGAUAAACUUUUGACUUCAGUAGCUACCUGUAGCAGAAAUUCUGUAGCUUGCUUAUCUGUUGCAUGUUGGUUCUUUACACUGUUUUUCUAAGCUUGUAGUUAUUCUCGUGUUCACUCCAUAUUGGAUAGUAAAUUGGCUUAACAUUUUUGU